CACGCCAAUGGGGCUGGGAGAAUAUGCGGAGACUCCAGCGAAGAAGAUUCGUCGCUCCAAGGUUUUGGAAAAACACAUAUUCGCAUCUCUCGCUGUCAAUGCAUUCAUGACUCGCUGCCCCUCCCCCUCCAAACUGGAGCUCAAACCGACGAGUUGGUCCCUCUCCCUCUCAUCUAUUUAAAACCCCCUCGUCCUCCGGCUUCUCUCCUCUGUAACCCCCAACCGCUCCCGAGCUCCAUCUCUCCAGACAUUUAGUGGUUGGGACGCAGCAGCCAAUUGAUGCCAGCUGGUUGCUGGCGGAUAGACUGAUUUGAACCAUUGCUUGAUAGCUUAUGAGUCUCGAGAUUACAUCGAACUCCACUAAAGCCUUAGAAGGCGUGCAUGGGGUACAUAUCGUGCCUCAUGCCCCAUUUGCACUUGAAGAGAUUAGCAAGCAUGGGGAGUAUCCUCAAUCAAGUUCAAGAGUUGGACUAAAUCAGCAGCUGUUUGUGCAGCGAGUAUGGCAGCUAAGACCAUCAUGUUUGAGGCCUAUUCAAUGUUGCAUCAAUGGUGAUAUGCAUCUUGCAGAAACAGUUGCAAAUGUGCUCACAUCCCUACCUUUCAUUGCUCUUGGCAUGCAAGCACCAAGGAAGAAUCUCAACAUGAAGCUCUAUGCUAAUUCGUUAGUUGGAGUUGGAGUUGCAUCAUCUUUGUAUCAUUCUUCAAGAGGGAAAUGGAGGAGGUUCCUUAGAUGGGUUGACUACACAAUGAUAGCCACUGCUACCGUGUGUCUGUCCAGGGCCCUCAGAAAUGAGAAUCCGAAGUUAUUGAUGGCAGCAUCUGCUGCUUUUCUUCCUGUCCAACCUCUGAUGGUCUCAGCAGUUCACGCUGGAAUGAUGGAGGUAGUAUUCGCAAAAAGAGCACUGGAAGAUCCAGAUUUAAGGAUGGCUCACACUAUUCAUAAAAUGUCGUCGUUGCUGGGAGGUGCCCUUUUCAUUGCUGAUGAUGUAUUUCCCAGGACGCCAUAUCUUCAUGCCGGUUGGCAUCUCGCUGCAGCUGUCUGUGUGAGCACUUGCAACAAGCUUCUGGAGUAGGUGUUCCCUUGUGACCUGUCAUUCAACUGCCUUCAAUAUUUCAAGAGGAAAGCAAUGACAAUCACAGUACGCCUCCUUUUACAAAAUUUAUGUAGAAACAGGAGGGAAGCCAUGUAAAACUGUAGCUGUUGGUUCUGGUUAAACCCACAUUGGGUUCACCAUGUAAAGUAUUUUUCAUGUCGGAAGUAGGAACUGAGCCACUCUCCGCAUUCAUGGAGUAGGCUUUGUAUUAAAAAAAAAAAAAAAUUUAGUGAGUACUUUCCUGAGGUUCCAGUGCAACUAUCGUUGUUCUGGAUUCUUAUGGUAAGAAGUAUUUUCAUUCGCCUAAGCAAUUGUGCCAAAGUAUGAAUU